GUGCAUACCUGUAACCACAUACUGGAUCACGUCCGACCUAUUACACCGUACGCUUCUGUAUUUCCACAAAAUCCAUAUACAGAUCUUAGAUGUUUAUUGCAGUUAUAAGUUAAGAGCCUCAGAAUGCAAAAUGGACUUAUGAAUGCAAAUGAUAUAAGAAUUAAUUUAUGGUACUACAAACUACAUUUAUUUUAUUUCAGGUGUGACAAAAAGAUCCUUGCAGAAUAAAAGAUGGAAUUGUAUAAAACAGGUGGGGGGAAGCCUACCCAAAAAACCACGAUCCAUGAUCGGGCUAAACUAUUAGAAAUUGUUGGUUCCUCAAUGAAACCGUUAACAAAUGCAUAUGAUUCCGAUGCACAGUUCAGCAUGAUUGUGGAUGUUGUCAACAUGGAGAGCAGUGAAGUGCGGUGCAGUGAGAAUACGCCACCUGCUUCAGUUGUCGAGUUAGCAGAGUGCACACAACCUAGCACUUCCCACACACCUGUCGUAUUAUUAAGUAAAGAGACACCAAAUAAUGUUUUGGCGGAUGUCACCCAGUUGCAGUCUGUUUCACAGUCUCCUGAUCGACCGAAUAAAAACAUUUGCACGCCAAAAAAUACAUGGAAUCAUCGCAGGAUGCCUGCAAAACCAAGGCCAUCAGGUUCGGGAACAGUGAUUGACAAUGUGUGCAAGAAGAGAGUGGAACUACUGGAGGCCCAAUUACUCAUGAUGAAGGCAGAGCACCAAAGGGAGCUGAGGAUAAAAAAUUUAAAGAUUCUGGCCCUGAAAGAAAAACUGAAGUACUGGAAGAAGAAAAAUGCCAGUGACACGUGACUUUUUUUUCCUGUGACAGUGAUUUUUUUUUAAUUUUUUGUGCUAUGUUGUAUUUUGUCUAAUUUAUUAAA